AUGGCUACUUACAUACUGCUGGACAAAGGGCAAUCCAUCGGUGUGGAUGUGGAACAAUGCUACCUAGCUCAUCACGCAGCAAAUUUCUUACGUGCUGCUGUUACUGCUGGCCGCAUGGAUUCGCCGACGGCUACAGUAGCAACAGCGGCGCAACCCAAGGUCGGAUGCCCGGAUCGCCACUGCCGCCGUUACAGAUGUGCUGGACACCACCGCCUCCGCAGCUCCGGCCACAGCCUACAGGCUACAGCUUCUGUGCCUCUGCGCAGCCACGAUGAUGGGGUCCUCCCAUGUGAAGCCCCGCGCAACAGCAGCCUCACCACCAAGCCAAACGGGACGGCGACAACGGCAUCCCGUCCACCUACACACCUGCGUCCACUGCCCCGGCAGCACCAGCCACCACCUCCCAUGCUGGACUGA